AUGGAUGGGUGUGGCUUAGUGAUCACAGGUAGCCCAAGAUAUGCCUGCUCUGGCCUACCGACAGCCUCUUCUGCCGGCACUUAUCCGGCUGCAGAUAAUCGGCUGCGGGUACCUAACGAUACGCACCCGGAUAACUUUGGGAUUUACACAGUUGGGGCAAGGUCGCUUCCACAGCAAUCCACGAUCAGUGAUCCAUCCGUCAAAUUCCUUUUUGGUCUUCGAUUCAAACUCGUGGUAACCAAGAAGUCGCGAAGAGUCAGCAAGUUAGCAUCAGCAGCCAUUAUGCGAAUGAAACGAGCCAUGACCGAUAUCCAUAAGCAGAUCAGUUUGCUGGAGUCGAGAGACAGCCGAGUUUCUGAUGAUGCCCGGCUAGCCUUGUCGCUUCAGGUUAACUUAGGUGAGGGGAUCCACCAGCUGGUCCAGUACUAUGGGGAAACUCAUUCAAAUCGAGCUCUCGAUCUUUUGUGCAAGAUUAGGGAGCCUCAUGACAAGACGUUCCUGGACUCUCUGUCGGAAACUAUACGGGAAAAGAAAGUUAUGGCCACAUUGGAUCUUUUAGGACAAAUAGUGCAGACAGCUCCCAGCUGGACACCGAAAAUUGCUCUUCACCCUAUAUUCAAAGCAAUUUUGCAGCUCAGUGUGGUUACUAGAGAACUAGAUGAAUGUGUUGCGGGGCUGUUAUUUGUGACCGCACUUCUACCACAUUGUUCAUCACUGCCUUCCGAUAUCCUACAUGCGGUUUUCCAUGCAUUUACUGAAGCUUGUCAAAGCUAUCGGUUGAAGUGGCUCAUGUUGGAUAGCAGAAGACCGACCGAUAUUUGGGGAAGAGCGGAUGUUGGCCACAUGGCUUUUGCACUUCGUGAAUUUUUUCAUGCAAUUUAUGGAAUUUACCCCACCAACUUUGUCUCGUAUCUCAGGAACUGUUUUGUUGAUAAGAACGGAGGAACGAAAAGGAAGGAUGUCGCCACGUACGUCAUAUGUCCACUUAUCGCUGGAGUGAGAUUACAUCCCAACUUGAUUUUGGUUGGAAAGGACAAAGAACUCUCGAAGGACAGAUGGCAUCAGCGCGAGUCUCACGAUUUUCUAGAUGAUUGUCGUCGUGUGGUAAUAGGAAAAAUCCCUAUCAAUGCUAUUAAUGACGGCUUCGACAUUUGCUCUGAACCGGAGUCACCUCUUCCUGCUCCGAGGGAAGUAUUUCCGCAAGUUUUUACGUCGAACCCGUCAAAUUCUAGUGAUUGCGUGCGGAGGGACGAGGAUUCGGAAAGUGGCUUUUUAAAAGCUCUCUACACACCUCCUCGUCCGAACACUAAAGUUCCUCCGCAGAAAAGAAAUAUUGUUGAAGAAGAAUGGGGCCCACUUGUUAUUACAAACGAUGAUAAGUGUCGUCGAUCAAUGGACGCAGGAAGUUCCCGUUCACUUCGGAGCAGCUUGGGUUAUUUUUUUAGAAGGGAAUGCGACUCUAAUGCAUUUCUUCACGCUUCAUCCAGUAGAGUUCUAGAAUACGUUACGGACUCAACAGUAACUCAAUUUAACGAGCAAACAGAGGAAGCAGAGGAAGCGAUUGAGUGUUUAACUCCAACUGAGGAACGUUCUUCGAGACGUUCUACUGCGAGAGAUCAGACGGAUCCAUUAAAUGAAGGGUUGCGAAUUGCACAAGCUGCGCAGACUACUGCUUUAACUAUGCGUUGCGAGUAUAACUCAACGGUACACGAUCCAGAAGAAAGUGUUGUGCGAUCCAGGUCUGCCUCAUUCCUGUUUGAUAGUCCCCAUGUUGAAGACUGCGAAAAACCGACUCUCCAGGAUCGCGACAAAAUUGACGGAGAAAUCGAGCGUGCUUCGAAACAUGGACUUGAAAAUGUGCCGAACACCGAAAACUGUGAAAGUUUACGAAAUCGAUUUUCAAUAGGAUCUUUCUUUGCAAAAUUGAACAGGCAGCGUUUUGUGAGCGAAUGUUACCCCUUCAUUUCAUCAAGCAACACUCACCACGUCUGUCGUACAUUGAGGAACAUGCAGUAUAUCAGUCGAGUGUCUUCAUGUCCCGAAUUCCUUAACGAAAACAAGGCUCCUGCCGGUUUGGUACGUGCCAAAAUCGCAGCCGAAACAUCUCAGCAAAACUUGUUGGAACGGUUUCCAUACCUCAACCUUGUGCGACCUUUAGGAGUUGAGCAUUAUGCAAAAAUUGAGGCCAACAUUGAGAGUGAUCAUGAAAUUCGGAGAACUGCAUACAUGGAAAAAAGCAGGGAAUUUCAUCAUAGUCUGAAGGAGAUGGGGCUGGCCGAUCGUCUGCCUGGACGAAUUUAUGAUGAUAUGGCUCACAUAACAGAUGGUUUACCCAUGGAAAAGCAACGUGAUAUCCUACGGGCUCGACUUGCUCUUGUCAAUCAGCAUUUACUUUAUGAAAGAAGCUGCCGCCUCCUGCAUGCAAACCGGAACCGAAGACUAUUUGGCAGAUUAAAACAACAAAAGGUUGCUGAAGCAGAAUUGGGACAGCUUAAGGAAA